GUAUUUUAAAUAACGAUAAUUUUUAAUAAAAACUUCCAAAAAGGCGGCACGUUUUAUGGAAACGAUGAGCACUAGCGGUCGAAAGUCGCUUACUCCGAAUCCGGCAGCAGAUGGGCAAAUGGACCCCGUAUCCAUACCAAUCGGCAACACGAAUGGGCGGGAGGAUAUAUGGGACGAUAGUAUUAUCAUAAAAAAGUAUGACGCCUCGCUCGCACUGAUCAAGGAAGAGGUUGCGAAGCGUCUCGCCAUGAACACAAACCGGAAGACGCUCGCAGAAUCAGCCGGAUGCAGCACUGCCAAAAGCCGCAAGGAUCAGAAAAAAGACAGCGAAUCAACCGGUGGAGAGGCGACAGUCGGUUCGCUGGAGCAGGAGGAAAAAGGCACCAUGGAGAUAUCGGAACAGGACAGACCAACGGGUGCGUUCGAGCUAAACGACUACGUGCGAGCGACGUACGAUGACGGUGUCGAUUAUGAGGCCAAAAUUAUCGGCUUUGGUGACCACGGUGACUGCCUGAUCCGGUAUGUGGGCUACAACAACGAGCAGUUCGUGCUGGUGGAGGAGCUUUUACCCUCGUGGGGUCGCAAAGCCCGCCGACAACAGCGGGUCGAGGCGGCCGAAGUAGCGGAAGCUGCGGAAGGCGAAGCAACUGCCGCUGACUCACAGAUGGACAUCAGCGAUGACGAGCGGUUCAUGCGGCAAGCGAGCAAGAAGAAGAUCAACUUUGGCACAAGCUUUGGGCGGACGAACGUCGGUGCGGGGUCUGGAGGCAUGAGCGGGCGAGCGGGCAUGAUGGGUCCGAAUCUGUCCACCGCGUACAUGGUUCCACCGCCUCCGCCGAUGCCACCGAUGCUGGAGUCCGCGGAUGAUGUCGAGUCCGAGAAUCUCUCCGCCAUGCUGAUGUCCUGGUACAUGAGCGGAUACUACACGGGUCUCUACCACGGGCAGCGGAUGUCCCAGCAACAGCAGCAGCACACACUACAACAGAACAGCGCGACACAACGCAGCAACGCGCAACAACAGAAGCGAGCUCGGCAGUCGUAAUUGGCCCGGAUCUUACCCUGUUGUUAGUCACCGGCAUUAUCGUGUUUUUUAGGCAGUCUUCAUCGUGUUCUAACGAAUCCGCUGAAACUGGUUCACUAUCUGACCCGUUACGGGUGUACGCCGGUUGGUAACAUCCGGUUGCUGACUCGGAGAGUAUUCCAACCGGUGCCACAGUCGAAGGGCCCCUACUUAUCCGCAUGCUUAUGCCAGCACAGCGCACCUGGCCACCAGACGGAAAGCUCGUGCGUUACUUUCGUUUUAUUUAUUUCUGUGAUGCGAACUGUGGGAGAGUAGAUGAACUAAAGGAAAAGGAGAUGAGAAAUAUACAAUGGU